CAAGCAUGCUGAUUUUCCUAUUUUAUGUUACUUGACAAUGUUCUUUUAUAGAUGAGGAAUUUUAAUGCAGACCCUGAAGUUUUUAUAUUUCUGGUGAGCACAAGGGCUGGAGGUCUCGGCAUUAAUCUGACUGCAGCAGAUACAGUCAUCAUUUAUGACAGUGACUGGAACCCUCAGUCUGACCUUCAAGCACAAGACCGAUGUCACAGAAUUGGCCAGACAAAGCCGGUGGUUGUAUAUCGUUUUGUAACCGCAAAUACAAUUGACCAGAAGAUUGUGGAGAGGGCUGCUGCCAAAAGGAAAUUAGAGAAACUCAUUAUCCACAAAAAUCAGUUCAAAGGCGGUAAAUUUGGAAUAAACCAGUCAAAGAGCUGCUUAGAUCCCAAAGAGUUAAUAGAAUUGAUGCAAUCCAGGGAUUAUGACAGAGAGAUUAAAGGUUCAAGAGAAAAAGUAAUAACUGACAAAGAUUUAGAGCUACUGCUGGACAGAAGUGACCUUAUCGAUCAGAUGAAAACCUCUGAGAAACUGAAAGAAGAAAUGGGCAAGUUUGUGAUGCCAGAGAACACCGAUGAUCUUGGCAUGUAAAUUAUACUUCAGAAUUUGAACAGUUAAAUAAUAUUUCUAUCCCUUUGUAAUCUGAACCUGGAUACUCUUUAAAACAGUUACCUUAUUGUUGGUAUCUGUUUCAAAAAGCAUUAUUGUCAAAAACUCUGAAGAGGUAAGUUGCUAAGUUUUUGUAUAUGGAAAGUAAAUUUUGGAGCUGCUUGUUGAUACCGGAGAAAUUUUUAGAUUCUAUUUUUGUCUUAAGUAGCUGAUAACUGAGUAAUCUGUACACUUUACUGCAGAAUUUUUGCUGAAGAAAUUUGACUUCUAGUGUUUACCCUUCGCUUUUAGUAUGUUUUAUGAACAGAAGACGUUCAGAGGAUUUGUUUACAACCCUUGAUUACUUCAGUUUGUGUUGUCAUUACAAAUAAAUGCUGUUUUACUUGAAAUGUUUUGUUUAAUUCCUGCUCCUGGCAAGUAUUAUUUACCUAUUGUAUAAGAGUUGCAAUACAU